GAUCAACAAUGGACUCUUCUGUGCUUAAGAGAAGGAUUGGGGUUGUGUUUAUGUCUCUGUGCGUCACUAGUAAUCCUCACCCUCCCACCAUCUGAAGAACACUGGAAUUUAAUCGCGGGGAGUAAACUGGCCAGGCUCAAAAGGGGAGAGCACCAGAUGCAUGGCGUCACUCAAGAAAGCGAAUCAAUGUCUUGCACAAAUGGCCGUCAUUCGUGCAUCCAAGACCCUGCAGACAAUGACAGCAGGAGGGUUUUGAGGCCCCCUGACUUUUGUUUCUUGUACAGCGUGAUAUUCAUCCCACAAAAUGUCAACCACAAGAAUGCCGUUUUGUACACGUGCUCACAACAAUGCAACAAACGAAAAUUAUAAGGAAUGGUUGGUUCCGGGAGGUCCUUACACCAAGCUGGGCUUGAUUGAUAGUGCAACCGCCGGACGCGGGUGGAAAUCGUGUGGGAACGAGGAAUGGGAAAGUAUAGAUAAGAGAUUCCCGCCCCGAGGCUCCGGUCGUGUUUUUCGGGUGAGGCCCGGAGUAGCCGCUGAAAGACCUCCGGUUCGGCCCUCUCUUCUCUCCACUGACUCGUGGGUCGCCACGUUGAUGGCUCUCCAAGUGCCGGACGACAAUACCGACCAUUCCGAUCAGACAGAGCAUGAUAGAUUGCUGUCGCAACGCUCACUGGUGGCUGGCUGGAUGCUCGGCGAGGUGCCUUAUCAGCUCGGGCACGCGAUAAAGCUCCGAAACCGUGACCCCCAACUUGCACUAGGGAAUCAUCAAGUACCUGCUACCUUAGGUAGGAAUCGUAGGCAGCUAGAUUCAAAUAGUCUUCGUAUCUCGUCCAUCAGUUGUGCACCAGAUACUGGCACGUAUCUGUCAUAUCAUAGGCGGGUGAUGUUGCUGGGUUCUGAGUGGAACAACUCUAAACGGCUCGUUAUCUGUUGCGCCAGCUGGCUCCUCUCGAUUUGUCCUGUCCUUUCAAAAGCUCUGGUCAGUCCACUGUCACAUUGAUGAAUUGUGCAGCUCAUCAAAUCCCUUUGAGAUCCUUGCAUGCGAUAUUGCUCGACUGAACAACCAGCCUGACCAAUUCUCACCCAUCAUUUCCUUCCGUGUGGCCGACAAAAGUGUGAGCGAGGCUUUGACACGGUCACUGACUGCUACAAGGGUUGUGCUCUUCGUUGGCGCUUCGAGCGGACCUUGGACCCCGAAACACAAGCUUCCUUGUGA